GUCUUGGAUUUAGUUGUCAAAAUCAUUCCGGCGCGCAUUUUUCUGUUUUUGUGAUUUGGUCAGGAAAAACAGCCCAAAUUAAUCAUGUCUCUGGAUGAACUUGCAAUUUCAAUGACUAAAUUCUUCCUCAACAUCGCUGAGAAGAAGGCAUCAACGAAAAAGAGUGAAAUAAUUGGUGCACUCAGGGACAAAGGAGUAACCAACCAGAACUACUUGGAAGUUUUCUUGCGAGCAGAAAAGCAUCUUACACAGAUUUUUGGGUACAGUGUCAAGGAGGUAUCAGUGAAAACUAGCAAAGUUUUGCUCAUUGUACCAAAGGACAUAACCUCACAUUUGGUUGUUCCUCCGGAAAAACAGCCCGAGACUACUCUUCUCUACCUUCUGCUCACCUACAUUUUCAUGAAGGGCAAUGAUGUACCAGAAUUAUCUGUGAUAAAGUUCCUCGACAGUCUACAGGUCAGCCUGGACGAUGAGAAUCACCUGUACUUUGGAAACGUCAAGAAACACAUCACAGAGACCUUUGUGAAGCAACUCUACCUGACCAGAAACAAAAUUGACGAGGAGGGUGGAACAGAAUUCAUAGUUUAUUAUUCCUGGGGCCCAAGGAGUACUCUUGAACUCUCCAAGAAGGAAAUCCUGGAUUACGUUUCAACGCUCCUGAACAGACCUGCCGAGUGCUUUGUGGAGCAGUACAAGGAAGUCCACGGAGAAAAGUCUCUGCCGAAUUCCACGCAGAUGAAUAAAUCCAAGCGCUCUCAACGUUGAUCCCAUUUUGAUUUCGAUGACUUCUUACCAACAUCUGGCCUCACUUCUGAACUAAAUGGUGUUCUGAGGAUUUUCUCCAGUUUCUUCUCUUCCUUCAACAUCAAUUUCCUGCGUUUCUUGAGGCUGGGAACAUCCGAAAGAUCAUCCAAUAGCUCCAUCUCAAUUUUAGCAAUAUCAUCAAUUGGUCGUCUGAAUUUUGUUCCUUGGGAAUCGUCCCUGAAAAAACGAAAAAAAACCAAGUCACUGUAAUUUCUCAAUAAAAUUUCAUUAAAAAAGAUAUUACUUGAAAUAA